CCCGUUGGCCGCCGCUUGUGAUAGCUGCCGGUGAAUGUGUGAUCCGGGGGCAGCAGAGAUCCACCGUAAUGACGACCGAAGAGACGACCGAGCAGCCCCCGGUAGACGACUGCCUGAAGGAACGGAAAUGGUGGUGCUUCCUGCUGUCAAGCAUCUUCACUUUCCUUGCCGGGCUGCUGAUCGUACUCCUCUGGCGUGCGUUCGCCUUCCUCUGCUGUCGCAAGGAACCCGAAUUCGCUCCAAAUGACCCGAAACAGAAAGAGCAAAAGACGAGCCGUCAGGGCAAGGAGUUCGAGGGGACUUUUAUGACCGAGGCCAAAGACUGGGCCGGUGAACUGAUUUCUGGACAGACCACCACUGGACGUAUUUUGGUGGUGUUAGUUUUCAUUCUCAGUAUAGCAUCGCUUAUAAUAUACUUCAUCGAUGCCUCUAGCGAAGAGGUGGAACGUUGCCAAGAGUGGAGCAACAACAUUACUCAGCAGAUAGACUUAGCUUUCAAUAUAUUUUUUAUGGUCUACUUUUUUAUACGCUUUAUCGCCGCCAGUGAUAAGCUGUGGUUCAUGCUGGAGAUGUAUUCGUUCGUGGACUACUUUACGAUACCACCGUCCUUCGUGUCGAUAUAUCUCGAUCGGACGUGGAUCGGAUUGAGGUUCCUUCGAGCCCUACGACUGAUGACGGUCCCUGACAUUCUCCAGUACCUAAACAUUCUAAAGACAUCGAGUUCCAUUCGUCUCGCCCAACUUGUAUCGAUCUUCAUCUCCGUCUGGUUAACAGCUGCUGGCAUCAUUCAUUUGCUUGAAAACUCAGGGGAUCCGUUCGAGUUCACGAACCCUCAACAGCUUUCGUACUGGACCUGCGUCUACUUUCUCAUCGUGACGAUGUCCACGGUAGGAUAUGGCGACGUUUACUGCCAGACGGUCCUCGGCCGCACAUUCCUAGUAUUUUUUCUACUCGUCGGUUUGGCCAUAUUCGCCAGUUGUAUCCCCGAGAUAAUUGACCUGAUCGGGACGCGAAACAAGUAUGGCGGCACUUUGAAGAACGAGCGAGGUCGCAGACAUAUUGUCGUGUGUGGCCACAUCACCUACGAAUCAGUCUCGCACUUCCUCAAGGACUUCUUGCACGAGGACCGCGAGGACGUCGAUGUGGAAGUUGUCUUCUUGCAUAGGAAACCACCAGAUCUCGAGCUGGAGGGACUAUUCAAACGGCACUUCACCACCGUGGAGUUCUUUCAGGGGACCAUCAUGAACCCCAUUGAUCUGCAACGGGUCAAGGUCCACGAGGCAGACGCGUGUUUGGUUUUGGCGAACAAGUACUGUCAAGAUCCAGAUGCGGAAGACGCAGCAAACAUCAUGCGUGUCAUCUCCAUCAAGAACUAUUCGGAUGACAUUCGCGUUAUCAUUCAAUUAAUGCAAUAUCACAACAAGGCCUACUUACUAAACAUUCCAUCAUGGGAUUGGAAACAGGGCGACGACGUGAUUUGCCUGGCCGAAUUGAAACUAGGCUUCAUCGCACAGUCCUGUCUAGCGCCGGGUUUCAGCACGAUGAUGGCCAAUCUUUUCGCCAUGCGUUCCUUCAAGACGUCACCCGAUAUGCAGGCUUGGCAGAAUGACUACCUUCGUGGAACUGGAAUGGAGAUGUACACCGAAACACUGAGCCCUACCUUCAUUGGAAUGCCCUUUGCCAAAGCCACUGAGUUAUGCUUCACGAAGUUGAAGUUAUUGCUGUUGGCAAUCGAGAUAAAGGGCGAAGGAGGUGGCGACAGUAAGAUAUCAAUUAAUCCACGUGGUGCCAAGAUCGUAGCAAAUACUCAGGGAUUCUUCAUUGCUCAAUCUGCCGACGAAGUGAAGCGGGCGUGGUUCUAUUGCAAAGCAUGCCACGAGGAUAUAAAAGACGAAACUCUGAUCAAGAAGUGCAAGUGCAAAAAUUAUGUGGGGAUGAUGAUGAUGCAGACCGGCAUGGUGAAGGGAAACACUGCCUACAGCAGUUACCUCGACGUGGCCACAUUCCGGAAAGGCGUGCGAGCUGUUCAAAUGGUUGGAAGAGCAAGUGAAGACUUCUCGUAUGCAAACGACCACCAUCCUCCCCCCACAUUCACUCCGCCAGAACUGCCCAAGAUGGUUCACGUAAGAGGUGAGAUCAGUCGUGACCGUGAAGAUCCAAACGCGAUGAGAAAUCACCGGAAUUCCGUCGGGAUGACCAUGAUGAAUUCAACGAAACAAGUGAAUAAGGUGAAACCGAAUGUGAAUCGAGCGACAAAUGACAGUUUAUCCAGUCCAAAUCAACCGUACAAUCAGAGAUCGCAAGAGGAGUCCGCAUACCCUGGCUACCAUCUCGCCUACGAAGUCAAAAAGCUCAUGCCAACGAGCAGAGCCUCGGGCGGUACGAAUGUGAACAACAACGGUGGUCUUCAAGUCGGAAUAGCCGACGAUCAGGCGAAGGACUUCGAUUUCGAGAAGACCGAAAUGAAAUACGAUUCAACGGGUAUGUUCCAUUGGAGUCCAUCCCGUAACCUCGAAGACUGUAUAUUGGAUCGUAAUCAGGCGGCGAUGACAGUCUUGAACGGACAUGUCGUCGUAUGCCUAUUCGCCGAUCCCGACUCGCCUCUCAUCGGACUGAGAAACCUUGUCAUGCCAUUACGAGCUUCCAAUUUUCAUUACCACGAGCUUAAACACGUAGUAAUAGUUGGGUCUGUGGAUUACAUCCGCCGCGAGUGGAAGAUGUUGCAGAAUCUACCGAAGAUAUCGGUGUUAAACGGUUCACCAUUAAGCAGAGCAGAUCUGCGUGCCGUUAACGUGAAUUUGUGCGACAUGUGUUGUAUCCUGUCGGCUAAAGUGCCUAGCAACGAUGACCCCACCCUCGCCGACAAGGAAGCCAUCCUCGCGUCCCUUAAUAUCAAAGCUAUGACUUUCGACGACACCAUUGGUGUGCUGAGCCAAGCAAAUAAUGAACAAGGUAAUUUGACCGCAGUUGGCAGCCCAAUCGUUUUGCAGCGACGAGGAUCCGUUUAUGGAGCAAACGUGCCAAUGAUAACAGAACUCGUAAACGAUAGCAACGUGCAGUUCCUUGACCAGGACGACGACGAUGAUCCGGACACAGAACUGUACCUUACCCAACCAUUUGCUUGCGGUACUGCCUUUGCCGUCAGCGUAUUAGAUUCAUUAAUGUCGACGACGUAUUUCAAUCAGAACGCGCUGACUUUAAUUCGAUCUCUAAUCACUGGUGGAGCGACGCCUGAGUUAGAAUUAAUUCUUGCUGAAGGAGCAGGUUUACGAGGAGGUUAUAGCACACCUGAUAGUUUGGCCAAUAGAGAUCGAUGUCGAGUUGGUCAAAUCGCAUUAUACGACGGGCCAUUAGCCCAGUAUGGCGAAGGAGGCAAGUACGGUGACCUCUUUGUCGCAGCAUUAAAGUCAUAUGGAAUGCUGUGUAUUGGUCUGUACAGGUACAGGUUUCGAGAUACAAGUUCAUCGUGUGAUGCUUCUUCUAAACGAUACGUCAUUACAAAUCCUCCAGAUGAUUUCACGUUAUUGCCUACAGAUCAGGUUUUCGUGCUGAUGCAAUUUGACCCAGGUCUGGAAUAUAAGCCGAGCAGAGGAGCUCGGGGAAAAGAUGAUGCUUCCUGACUGUUGCUGUGUAGCGCCCUCACCGACGGACCUUAUUCCUAUAUCUAAUCAUGCAAAGGAAGCCAUCAUGCCGCCCGUCGUCCCUAGUUUAGGUUAGCUGGCAUUAUGGUACGAUGCCCUCAACGAAUAAUUAUCGCAAACCCCGUCCAUAGAAACGUAUCAUCAACACGUCCGUUUUUCCCGCUGGUUACAUGGUGUGUCACCGGUGAAAAUUUCGUCGAUAUUUACAUACAACUGAUUCGGUUUUCCUCUAGUGUGUCCAACAGAUUUCUCUGUUCUUUGCUAUUUAUCGCUGCGUGAUUUAUUUUCACAUCGUGUUCGAACAUUUUUUACGUUGAGGCUUGUUUGUGAUAAUGAGUAGAAGAAGAAGGUAAAAAAAAAUAAUGUAGAAAAAGAAAAAAGAAGUAUCGUGACAUAUGUGAAGAGAGAAAAAAGGAAGAAGGAGGAGGAAAGAGGAAUAAUCUGCAAGAGGAAAAAAGAAAUAUAGAAAUGGCAAAAGGGAUAUCGGGAUGCGGUAUGAUGAAAAACGGUCCGAGGGUAGCUACACGUUAAGCUUUCUAAAUCUUCGUAAGACGAAGAAAUAAUAACGUCUUCAAUAGAAGGCUGAAUAAGGACUGAACGGUUAUCUCUGAAGCGUAAAACGGUUGUGUAUAUCCCACGCCCCUUUAUGCAUUCAGUAAUAUACAAAAGAAGUACAGGAAGAAAACAGAAAAAGAAAAAAAAAAUAUACUUAAAACAAUGCGAAGCAAAACAGCUUAACUAAUAAAAAUGCUUGAGAACAUCUUCAAGGCUGAUCG